AGCUACUACAAAAACUGCAAACUUUUCAUGUCUUUUGUUGUUGGGGGUGUUUUGUUUUGGUUUUUUUGUGCGGAGGGGAGGUGUCUUUUCUGAAAGUUAACGUGCGGUGCACGUGUUAAGGACUGUAACUCGGUGUAGCUGAACGCUCAGGUUGCGGUCACUGCAGUGUUGCCCUCUGUUGCAAACAUAAAUGCUCUGCCAGGUGCGUGUGAGAGGUGUGAGACACCUUGACUCCUUACCACCCUAAACCAUUCCUCCUUUUCUCGUGAAACUUGCUGUGAGAACGUGCUUUAGGUGACAGCCUAGGAAUGAAGGCAGCUGUUCAUUUCUAAGGGUCUCUCUGCCUGAUGCCUGGUAUGGGGCAGUAUCGCUUUUCAUAUAGCAGGCAAAAUUCGCGUGUAAUAAAUGCAGUUACAGGAUAGGCUGCUGCUGUUUGCUGUCUUCUGUCAGGCCAAUAAGAACAUCAAGCUGCAGAUCUGCUUUUGAUUAAGGGAGAAAAUAAACUGGAUAAAGGAACACUAGCUACUGUGUCCUGUAGAGACUUGCUCGAAAACCUUCCCAAGUGUCUUCCUUCUAAAUAACCCAGGAUGUUGUUGGAAACAGGGAGAGGACAGGAGCCUCUCCCCCCCCCCCCCCGAGUGUUUUACUAGGGUUAGUGAAAACUUAGAAUGUUUCUGUUACUUGUCACCUGCUUUUAAUGGUUUUAAGUGCCUUUGCAGUUUGCAUAUUUGUUUUGCUUUUUGCCCUUGAAUGCACGCCUGUUAAAGGGUUUUCAUGAGGAAAUCCAUCUUCUUGAGUCAACACAGCCUAGAAGUUGUCACCGCGUGGUGCAGUGAUUACAUGUAGCCUACAUUGACUUGUAGUUCAGUUCAGCCGGUUUUUUUGACCCGUCAGUUCUUAUGGGUAAUGCUGUACAGGAAACAAAAGUGUUUUGAGGGCUCACUUAGUAGUAGAGGGAAAAACAGCACAUCCUUGUUAGCCACUGAAUGCAGGUACAUUGGUGUUUCCUUUGCAUUGGGAGUUAGAGGCAGUGUCUUCAGGAAAAAAACUGUGAGGGUUCUCAUACCCUCAGAUUUCCUCACUGAGAAUGGUGGACUUGAGAAACCCACAUGUUGGCAACUUCCUGACUAGCCUGUUGGAGGAAGGUCAAAGCCACUAGUCAUGGUGAUGUUUGUACUCUGCUUAGCCAAGUCUGAUGUUUGAAAGUACACUUCUGGCAACUUCUUUUGGAAAACUAUAUGUGCUGAUGUGACUUAGAGCAGCCAAACCGUGGUUUGUGAAAUGUACGUAUUUUAUAAGCUUUUGACAGCACUGUGACAUUGCACCUUAAUUGUUUGUUGUGCUUACGUUGGUGUUGUAGGCUUGGUAUGACCUCUGUUUUGCAGUGGAGCAGUAGUUUGUCAACUACUGCAGUGGCAAACUGAAGCAGUCAUGUUUUGCCGCUCUGUAAAUGGACACAGAUGCAGUUAUUGCGUGGUGGGAAGAAAAUCCUUUAGAGGGCUGUCAGUUUCAGACUUGUGUUCUUUGUCCUGUGCUUAGUGAUAUAAGGCAGGGGUUUGUAUGUUAAUGUUGAUUGAAUGUUAAUAAAUAUUUUUUAAAAAAGGGUUGUAUGUUUAUGUUAAUAGGUUGUUGAUAACUAGAAAAGAGGUUGUUUUGUAUGUCAUGUAGUGAGUGUAUGUUCAGUAGUAACUGCUAGAGUAUCACUGUCCCGCAUGUGUCAGAAAUAGGAUGCUGCAUCCUCUGUAUGUGCCCUGUUUUGCUGCUUAAAACAAACACAAAACGGACAAGAACCUUAGUGAUGGAUGAACUCAAAGGCACAAAGCACCCUUUGAAUUGCUAUCGGUACUGGUGUGAGGCUUCUGGUUUACCAGUGUGGACCAUUUUUUCCGUAUUGGUCCUGAAGACAGGAAGAUGUCACACUAGAAGGGGCUUUUGGUGCUUUAUUAAAGAGAGAUCUGGAACUAAUGGGAAAAGUGGAUAAAAGGGAUAGGGAAUCGCUCUUCCUGUUUAUAAACUUCAGGACUUUGUAUAGAAGCAUCUGAAGCUCCUGAACCCCCUCAUCUGUAUGGAGGUUGGAUAGGUUUGUCGGAAGCUGAAUGGUCUGGUUAAUUCUGUAAGAGCUCAGCUAAUUCAACAGAGCUAGUUCACACAAGCAGCCUUUGAUUUGAGAGGGUUUGACUUGUGGGAGUACAAUGCAAUUGUACGUGAUCGGCAGAAAUAUUUGUAUGUGGAAAGUGGAGGAAUUGGGAAUGUGCUAGAGUGGUUUUUCAAGUCUCUGGCAAUUGCAUGUGACUGUGGAAUCAGUUGGUACAGUGAAAAUGGACAAAGCUUUGUAGAAAGUGUUUUUAUAGAUCAUAAUGGAUCAUACGUCUUCUUUUGAGCUUGCUGUAAAGUCUUCUUUAUCAGUAUUAGAAGAGAUCAUCUCAGAUCAAAUCCUCUUGAAUGGGUGCAUAAGCCGUAUGCCUAAUAACUAGGAAUGUUUUCAUUUGUGUGCAUACUGACUUGAUUUUUAGUUGAUGCAAAUCAUGAAGUGUUCCAAGACACAGUGUUUCUUGAGUUUUUUCUUCUUUUUUUUUUUUGUGGCUUCUUAACAAUAUGGGAUGGUCAUGAUUUGAUUCCAAGCUUCCAGCAUGCUUUUGAAAACACAAGUCAUGAUCAGAGUUACCUGCUGUACACACUUGCCCAGCAACACUGAUCCUGUAGUUAGUAUAUUAGGAAGAUGUUCUUGUGAUUGUAUGGGAUUAUGCAAGGUGUCUGUAUCCUGUUUUUGGGAGGAAAGAUAAGUUUUGGCCAUCCUAUACUUUGCUUUUUUACUGCUUUCUGGGGAACAGGACUUGACUAAACACAUGUUUUAGUUUACUGAUACUGGCAUAUGCCCAGUCCCGACUAGUCCAUAAAUGCCUCUGUUUAACUGCACUGCCUUAUAAAUCUUUUCUGCCUGCAUUCAUUUCAUAAGCAGUUGUGCAGAGACUCUGCAGAUAACUAAAUGGAAUUAAGCCUGUGUUGGGUCAGUAGUGGUGGGGAUGCAAGGAAGUAGUAAAAUAUCUCUUUAUCAUUCUUUGUAGUUUCUAGGGAUAGCAGUGGACAACUGCAGUGGAAGAUGGUGCAAAAUUUUUGUGUACAUGGAAGUCUUUAUCUCAUCUGGCCAGGAUCAUUUAACCAAGCUCUCAAAAAGUGCAGGCCUGUGAAAAUGUUUAUUGGUGGCCUUAGCUGGGACACUACAAAGAAAGAUCUGAAGGACUAUUUCUCUAAAUUUGGUGAAGUUGUAGACUGCACUCUGAAGUUAGAUCCCAUCACUGGGCGAUCGAGAGGCUUCGGCUUUGUACUCUUCAAAGAAUCGGAGAGCGUAGAUAAGGUCAUGGACCAGAAAGAACACAAGCUGAAUGGAAAGGUCAUUGAUCCUAAAAGAGCUAAAGCCAUGAAAACAAAAGAACCUGUUAAAAAGAUUUUUGUUGGGGGCUUAUCUCCAGACACGCCUGAGGAGAAAAUAAGGGAAUAUUUUGGAGGUUUUGGUGAGGUUGAAUCGAUAGAGCUCCCCAUGGACAACAAAACUAACAAGAGGCGUGGAUUUUGCUUCAUUACUUUCAAGGAAGAGGAACCAGUGAAGAAAAUAAUGGAAAAGAAAUACCACAAUGUUGGACUUAGUAAAUGUGAAAUAAAAGUAGCUAUGUCAAAGGAACAGUACCAGCAGCAGCAGCAGUGGGGGAGUCGAGGAGGGUUUGUUGGAAGAGCUCGGGGAAGAGGUGGAGGCCCCAGUCAAAACUGGAACCAGGGAUACAGCAGCUACUGGAAUCAGGGGUAUGGGAACUAUGGCUACAACAGCCAAGGGUAUGGAGGUUAUGGAGGAUAUGACUACACUGGUUACAACAACUACUAUGGAUAUGGUGACUAUAGCACGGGAACUUCAUUGCAGGCCCUGUGUCGCGCUGACUUCACGAUUCUCACAGGCCCGCUCAAUGCGGACAGGGUACGAGAUGCUCACGCUCUCGAAUGCUGCCGUUUGGUAUGGUCUCUUCCAACAUCCUGUAUCAGCAUUAUAAAAUAAAAUGGAUACUUCAAGCUUUGCCUUCACUUAUUUCUUUGCUUUUAAAACUAUAUGUAAUGUAAUUUUAAUGCAUUUUUUACAGGCCCAGUAAUGGUUAAAUACGUCAGCUUACUGAAUAAUUUUAACUUUGUUCUUCUAAGGAUACAGCUUGUCUCUGGAUUUUCCAGUCUUAAUUUUAUAUUUUAUUAAUCUAUUUUAAUGCUUGCUUUUCCCAUUUAUAGACAUUGUAGCCGUAAUUGCAAGAAGUUCUUGAGCUGAAUUCCUGUUGUGUCGACUUCUCCUUAGCUUCUGAACACAAUCCUACUAUAGUAGCUAAUGUAACCUUUUCUUCUAGUUGUAUUUUCUUAACAGAUAAGUUAAUAAUAUUCUAUAGUGGGUCGGCACAAUUCUUAAAUGCAACUUCUGGGCCCAAAAGGUCCAUCCACCAAAAUAGUUUUGGUGGUGGUUAUGGGUAUCACAGAUGUCUUGUAACAUCUAAGGCUAGAAGCAUUUUCUAAGUAAAUUUACAGCAUAUAGUGAAAAAUUUGCCUUAAACAUUGGUGCACAUGUGGAUUUCCAGCUCAUGGACUCUCCUGUUCAGCUUUAAUUUAAAAAGCAUAUAUUUACAUGAUUAAUGUUGAUAUACCAUAUUUACAUAGAGUGGGAAAUAGGGAUAUCUAAAAUGCAGUUGUCUGUUAAUAAAACAAACAAACAAACAACUUUUCUGCCAGCUGUCAAUUUCCACAGAAUCACUUUUUUCUCUUUUCUUUUUUUUAGGCGGAGACGCAGUAUUUUCUCAUUUGAAGAUUCAUUUGAGGUGGCACAUGCUACCUGCUAAUAGCAGUUCAAACUAAUUUUUAUAUCAAGUCCAUGAAUUGGAAGUAAGACGUUGGGUCCCUCUGAAGUUUAAUUGAGUUUUCAUUAAGACAAAAUUGCUUUCACAGUCUUAUUUCUUAAUUGCUAUGCUUAAGAAUCAAUUUGGUUUAUGCCCCUUCCUCAGUAUUGUAGCGCAAGUCUUGUGUUCAAAAGCCCAGUGUGACAGUGUCAUGAUGUAGUAGUGUCUUACUGGUUUUUUAAUAAAUCUUUUUGUAUAAA